AGCGCGAAUAACUGGCUGAGUCGAAUUUGAUUUAUGCUUCCUCAGGUUGCAUAGCAGCAAGUAACAACAGUCCUCUUUUCUUUAGCAUUUUAUUUUACAAUAUUAGAGGAAUUUAUAAUAGAUCAAGGCAAAUGCUUAAAGUAAUCCAUAAAGACAGUAACUGGCUUAUUGUCAACAAACCUUAUGAUAUGCGAAUACAAAGCUAUAAUUCAACUGAUCCUUCAGUUGAAAGCAUAUUACAAGAAAAAUAUCCAGAUAUUCCCAAGUUUCGUAACGUACAUCAACUUGAUUAUGCAACAUCGGGUGUUUAUGUCUUGGCAUUAACUAAAGGUGCAGCAGCAUUGGCAGCAAAGCAAUUUCAGCAAAGGCUCGUUAAAAAGACAUAUCUUGCUCUAGUCAAUGGGCAUAUGUCGAAUGAUGUGUACAUGGUAGAUCAGCCUAUUGAAGAUGAUCCAGAUCAUGACUUUAGAAUGAGAACAUCACCUACAGGUAGACCAGCAGAAACACACAUACAUGUGCUACAACGAGGAUAUUAUAAUUAUAAUGAAGACAAGACAGGCAUGGAAAAACGGAUACCUGUGACUAAGGUUCGCCUUCAUCCCAUUUCUGGGAGAAGGCAUCAACUCAGACUGCAUCUCAAGUAUCUUGGGCAUCCCAUUAUUGGCGACUAUAACUAUGAAACGGAGUACACAGAUACAUUUCGUAUGAUGCUGCACGCACAUAGCAUUCGCUUCAAUACAGGGGGUCAAAUAAGCGAGUUUAUUGCCAAAGAUCCCUUUGAAAGUCUCAUAGAUUCAUAAACUAUUUUUAGAAAGAAAAAUGGGCUUAGCAACAUGUCAAUUCUAUAUUUAAAUCAAGGCUGAAAGGUCU